AUGGCAACGGAAAAAUACAUGCAAGAUGUUGAACAAGCUUCAGGGCUUUCCAGCCCUGAUAUUGUCGACGAAGCUCUCAAAGCACGCGAAAAGGCCUUGGUCUGGAAACAAGAUCUACGAAUCGUUCCCUUGUGCGCUGCAAUUUACUUGCUUUGUUAUCUCGAUCGCUCUAACAUCGGCAAUGCCAAAAUUUUGAAUUCGGACACUCACAAUGAUCUUCUCUCGGAAACUAAUAUGACUUCGUAUCAGUACACGAUUGCGCUCAUGGUAUUCCUGAUAGCAUAUGCACUGUUCGAAGUCCCAUCAAACUACUUCCUGAAGAAGCUCCGUCCUAGUCGCUGGAUCGCUUUUCUCAUGCUCUCUUGGGGUGCAACAACAAUGGGUCUCGGCGGCGUCCACAACUACGCCCAAGUAACAGGACUCCGAUUCCUCCUCGGCGUAAUGGAAGCUGGCCUCUUCCCUGGUUUCGUAUACUACCUUACAUUCUGGUAUCGCAACUCUGAGCGGUCGAUCCGUGUGGCCUUGAUUCUCGCCUCGGCAACACUAGCUGGCGCAUUUGGCGGUGCUAUUGCCUUUGGUGUGGGGCAUAUGAAUGGCGCUCAUGGUCUUUCUGCUUGGAGGUGGCUGUUUAUCAUUGAGGGUGCCCCAUCGUGUGCGUCUGCCGUUUUGGUCUGGUUUGUGUUGCCAGAUUACCCGGAGACUGCUAACUGGCUUACUGCCGAGGAGAAGGAGCUUGCUGCACAGAGGUUGAUUUUGGAAGGAUCCAAAGGUUCUGCUCAAGCUAUGUCUUGGGAGGAUGCAAAGUCUACGCUGACUGAUUGGAGAUUGUAUGCUCAUUAUGCGGUAUACUUCGGCAUCUCAACACCGUUCUCGAGUCUUUCUCUUUUCACGCCUGCCAUCACUGCUGGUCUGGGAUACUCUGAUCUCCGUGCUCAGUUGAUGACGGUGCCUCCGUACGCGGUGGCCUAUGUCGUGACUAUAGCAGUGGCCUGGUCUGCGGAUUACUUCAACAGCCGUGGUCUCCAUUCGGCCAUAUUCUCUUUCAUCGGGGCAAUGGGCUUCCUUGCCUCCGCUGUUCUCCCCCGCUACCGCUACGGAUGCCUCAUAGUCGCUGCUAGUGGCGCCUUCGCCUGUAUCCCACCCCUACUAGGCUGGCUAUCCUCCAAUAUCAGCUCAACGGCCGGUGCAGGGCUCGCAAUCGCACUCAACAUCUCAUUCGGUGCCCCAGGCCAGAUCGUCGGUGUCUGGAUCUACAAAAGCGACGAAGCAAAGAUCGGAUAUCCAACCGGCCAUUGGACAAAUGCAGCAUUGCUACUCUUUGUGGCAGCCGGCUGCAUUCUAUUAAGGCUCUACUACGGGUGGCGCAAUCGCCGUGGAGACGGGGCAAGAGAUGGAAAGAGUUUCGCGUAUUAG